AUGUCAGUUCAUCCAGAUCUUCACCAGCACUAUGUGCGGGCCUGCCAAAAGUUGGGCCAACCUGAAAACCCCUUCAUUGCUCACGUGCUUCAAGAAGCCGAUAAAAAUGAUAAAAUCAGAUGGACAAAAGGGAUCACAUUAAAAAUAGCUGGAAGUAAUCAUCUAGUGCCUGUGCAGAGAGUUACAGAUGACGAUCUUCAAGUUCUUGCCUCUGUCUUAUGCAAUACUGUUUUUGUCACAGGUUUGGAUCUUAGGUGUAAUGUAUUGACUGAUGCUGGAGCAAAGCACAUGGCAACACUCCUCCAGGAAAACUCCGCUCUGCGGGACCUUAACCUGAUGUUUAAUGAUAUUGGCACAAGUGGAGCAGAGCUGAUAGCGAGAGCACUCCACAGGAAUGAAACUCUUGUGUAUUUGAGAAUGACUGGAAACAAAAUAGGAAACAAAGGUGGGAUGUUCUUUGCUUCAAUGCUACAAAUUAAUUCAACCUUAGAGAAGCUGGAUCUUGGAGACUGUGAUAUGGGUACGCAGUGUCUAAUAGCAAUAGCAACAGCCCUGACUCAGAACAAAUCAGUUAAAGCAAUAAACCUAAAUCGUCCUUUACUAUACAGCCAAGAGGAAGAGACCACAGUUCAUGUAGCUCUGAUGUUGAAAAAUAACUCUUCUCUUGUGGAACUACAUUUGUGCAAGCACGAAAUGAAAAAUUUUGGUGUAGAGCGACUGUGUGAGGCAUUGUAUGAAAACUCCAGCCUGAGAUACCUUGAUCUUAGCUGUAAUAAAAUAACCUGUGAUGGUGUAAAAUUUUUGGGAGAACUACUAAAACGGAACCAAACCCUGGAAAUCCUAGACCUUAGUGCAAACCGAAUAGAAGAUGAUGGAGCCAUCUACCUGAGUGAAGCCUUGGCUUUGUACAACAGGAUUCUUCAGGCGUUGUCAGUAGUAAGCAACAAUUUAAGUGGCAAAGGACUUGUAGCUCUUUCAGAUGCAAUGAAAACAAACAUGGACCUUUCCUAUAUUUACAUUUGGGGGAACAAAUUUGAUGAAGCCACCUGUAUGGCAUUUUCAGAAUUAAUUCAGACAGGCCGCUUGAAACCUAACUGUACGGACGUGGAACCGUAUGAAGUGGAUGGGCAUGUUCACCUUGCAGAGCUCUCCCAUGGCCUUAAGAAGCAUUACUACUGGACACCAAGUUGUGGGGAGGUGACGAACAAAGAUGCUAAUGCCAGUCUGGCAAUUGCAGCGGUUUCAGAAUACUUGUGA